AACAGGCACCAUUCCUGCCAAUAUAUCCAGUUGCUUCAAACUCAUCACUCUCCGUCUUGAAAGAAACAAUCUAGUGGGCUCUGUGGCGGUAUUGCUAAUCUUCGACUUCCUGUGUGCAAGACUAAUGAGUCCAAAGGAGGAUGGUUGUCUCGUAGAAUGAGACUAAUUAUCUCUUUAGUCUCUGGGUUCACUCUUUUGGGAUUGGCUAUGGUGCUGUCUUUUUUCCUUCUUCGUAAGAAAAGGAAAGAAUCUGAAUUAAACACUUUUGGGAACUCUGUUUUGCAAGUUUCAUAUGCUACUCUUCUAAAAGCUACUGAUGGCUUCUCUUCAGCUAAUUUGAUUGGUUUGGGUGCUUUUGGGUCUGUCUACAAAGGAAUUCUUGCUGAAGAUAGUGUUACUGUGGCUGUGAAGGUGUUUAAUAUGUUACAUCGGGGAGCUUCUAAGAGUUUCAUCUCCGAAUGUGAGGCAUUGAGAAACAUCAGACAUCGAAAUCUGGUUAAGAUUCUAACUGCAUGCUCAAGUAUUGAUUUCAGUGGCAAUGAUUUUAAGGCUCUUGUUUAUGAGUUCAUGGACGGUGGGAGCUUAGAGGAGUGGUUGCAUCCUUCCUCUGGAAAUGAAGAGGUGACAGAAGCACCCAAACUUUUAAGUCUUGUUCAGAGGCUCGACAUUGCCAUUGAUGUUGCUUCUGCAUUGGAUUAUCUUCACAACCACUGUGAAACACCGAUAGUUCACUGUGAUCUCAAGCCAAGUAACGUUCUUUUGGACAAAGAGUUGACUGCACAUGUUUCUGACUUUGGGCUGGCAAGGUUUCUCUCAGAACCGACCAAUAAUGUUUCUAUAAAUCAAUCAAGCUCCAUCGGAAUCAGAGGAUCGGUUGGUUAUGCCGCUCCAGAGUAUGGUAUGGGAAGUGAAGUGUCGACAUAUGGGGAUGUCUACAGCUUUGGUAUUCUCUUGUUUGAAAUGUUUACAGGGAAGAGACCCACUGACCACAUGUUCAGUGAUGGCUUGAAUCUUCAUAAUUAUGUGAAGACUACUCUCCCUGAACGUGUUUCACAGAUUUCAGAAUCACUAGUUCUUCAAGAAGGCACCGCCAAUGUCACAGAAGCUCGCAGCCAAUUGAGUGUUACAGCACAGAAAAUUGAGGAGUGCUUGACUUUGAUAUUUGGAAUUGGAAUUGCCUGUUCUGCCGAAUCCUCAACAAACCGAAAGGAUAUCAGUGAUGCUGCCACCGAAUUGCACUCAAUUAGGGGUAAUCUUCUUGGCUAG